AUGAAGCGCUUCGACAAAUCGUGGAUUGGUCUUGUUCUCGUUGAUUCGACUAGUUCGGAGAUAAUCGGGAACCCAGAUUCUCAGUUUCGGCUCCGUCGAGAGCCUCUGCAUAACAGUGGUUUCGAAGACUUCCACGCACCUCAGUCAUUCUCUACUUUCCAACAAGCCGGCACGUAG